AUGUACAUGGGACUACGGUCCUCUUUGGUUGUUUCGACCGUUGUGUCGACAAUCUCUUUAUUAUCUAUAAUUGUACUUCUACCAAUUUUCUUCAUGAAAAUUCAGCGAGCUAAUACACUUCUGUUAACACAACUUCAUAACUGUCACGUAAGUUUUUUGAAUAAAAAUUUAAAAAAAAUUGCAAAAAUAGCUGAUGAGAGUGGGAUUCGAACCCACGCCCCCGAAGGGACUGGUGCCUUAAACCAGCGCCUUAGACCGCUCGGCCAUCUCACCACAUGAGAGCGUCUCUCUUCUUUUUAAAUAAAUGUGUGUCUGGGUGCCUCGUUGCCUGUGCCAUUUUUUUCUUUUUUGUGUGUUGUAAAAAGUUGAAGAGAUAGAAACUUUUCUUUUUUCUAGCAAGAUAGCUCGGAUAUUUGGAAACAAUUAUCACAAAAUGGAUUGAGAGUGAAAAGAUCGUACAAUGGCGUGAAUUCUCCAAAAAUUGCUCUUGGAAAAUGUGAGUUAUACGUUUCAAUUUUUUAACAAAUAUUUUUUACAAGCAAAAAUUUCAUUUCAUAUAUGAUGGUGUGAGUCAGGUCGAAAAAAAAACUAAAAAAAAAACGUUUUUUUUAAAUUCGAUUCAGCAAAUGUCAAAAAACAAUUUUUUUCCUAUUUUUCUACAUUUUUUUCAUUGAAACAUUUUCGCUGCGAGAUAUCUUUCAUUUUUGUGUGGAAAAAAUAGGGUUUUUUGACAUUUGCUGAAUCGAAAUUUUUUGUAAAAAAUCGUUUUUUUUUAGUUUUUUUCGACCUGAAUCACCCCAUUAUUUUCCAAUAAAUCGAUAAAUUUUCAGGCUGUAGUUGUCAACAAGGUCGACCAGGUCCAGCAGGUCCAACCGGCUCCGAUGGUCAACCUGGACAACCAGGAGUAAUCGGAUUGAACGGUAGAAAUGGCAGACCUGGAAAAUAUGUCGCAUCCGAGAAUCACAAUGACUCUGCUUGUCAAAAAUGUCCACCAGCUCCUCCCGGACCACCAGGACAUCCGGGUCGAAAAGGUCCACGUGGAGCAUAUGGUACACCUGGAACUGCUGGUAAAAAUGGUAUCCCAGGAAGAGCGGGGCCACCUGGACCAACUGGAGUUCGAGGACCACCGGGAGAAAUUGGAAUGCAGGGGCCGCAAGGAGAUCCAGGAAAAGUGUUGAAUGGUGCACCACAAGGACCUCCCGGAAGAGUUGGUAAGAUUUUAGACUUGAACUUUUUCAAUUAUGCCACGCCCCUUUUACAUUAUUUUUAUCUUACUAGUUCUCUGAACCAGGUUCAUAAAACAGCUGAUAGCUAGACAAUUUUUACUAUUACACUCACUGAAACUAGAUUUUUUCCGAUCGAAUAACACUUUUUUCCCGCCACUUGAUUACUCAUACAAUAUUUUUCAGGACGUGUUGGACCUCGAGGAAAAGCAGGACUCACUGGACGGUAAGUUGAACAUUACACAGUUCUUAAGAAUGUGUCACUCCCCUUUUAAAGUUAGCGGAAAUUAAAUUGUUGUAAUAUAUGUAUGUACAUUCAGAGGGGGAAAGACUAUUGUCUUUUCGGCGGUUUUUAUUUGAUGAUGAUAAUUUGACUGAUCAAAGAAAACUGGUUUUCAUAUCAUUCAGCGUAGAUACCAAAAAAAAUGAGGUCGCACAGAUUUUACGUCACCUUUUUUUAAAAACAUAUGUUUUCGAUAUUCGAAAAGUUUUCAAAAAAUUCGAACAAUUAUUAUGUUUCCGCCAUAUUUUUCCAAAACAAUGUCAAAAAGAACCAGUUUACCUAUUAUCUUUGUUUCUCCUACUCUCUUCAAUGACCUUUAUGUCAUUUUUUUUUCUAGGUCUUUUUUGGGCAGAUGUACUAUUUUUUAUUUUGUUUCCAAUAUAAAUUGAAAUGUGGGGCUCUUUCAUGAUAACAAUGCUCUCUUCAUUUUGCACACUCUCUCGUUUUUCGCUGACACAAAAAAUGUAGAUAUAAAUUAUAUGAAGAGACAAUGACACUUUUAUGAUUCCUUGAUUUUUAGAUUUUCACAAUUUUUUGUUAUAAAUAUUCAAGUAUGAAUAGAAAUAGUAAAAAAUCUCGAAACUUUAAAAUUCCAAAAUUGCCCCACGCAUACUUGCCUACAGUAAAAAUUUAACUUCAAUCUAGCUCACGUCAGUUCCAGUUCUAGGCUUCGGGGGUGAUCACUUAGCUCGCUGACCGCCUUUCGAAAUAUUUAAAUCUAGUUAUUUCAAGUUAAUGUGUUAUCUUCUUAUGUAAGAUUUUUAUGUGCUCAAUAAUCCGCGCGCCUUUUGCUCAACAAAAAACUGGCCGAAAAACGAGCUGAGAGAGAGUGAAUUAUAAACAGAAACACAGACACUUUAUUGUUCUUUUUUCGCUUUUUCUUUUUUGUGGCUCCUCGACCAUUUGCGCUCACAAAUAUUCAAUUUCAUUUUCAUUUUCAUUUUUUUCUUCAUCAAAAUUUUUUUCUGAUAUUUUCUGAAACAAUGAAAAAUGAACACUGACGUUUGAAAAAUUGAAAAAAAAAACUGUCCAUUGUUUUUGAUUGAAUCGGCUGAUCAAAUUUCAAAAAGUUAUUCUUUGUCCAAUGUUUACUAUUUUUCUGGUUCCCCUAUUUUUUCAUAAAAACAUCAUGUGAAAUGGACAAAAAAUAUAUAUUUCGAUGGGAUACUGUAGCUUAUCCCUUUAUGAACUAGUUUAUUUUUCAGUUAGUCCAUUUUAUUUUUGCACCGAACAUUUUCUGCGUCUCUUUUCUCUUGUUCAAGUUUCUCACGUACAAUCUGAAUAUGUAUUUUUUGCCGUUGUGAAAUAUGUUUACACACACACAGAAAAAAAAAACUUUAGUCGAUGUCUCCCCAAAAUAAACAUGGUUUUUGAUAGCAUAAUAUUUAAUGUUUCUUAUUUUUCCAGUGACGGUCGACCGGGUCUCGAAGGAAUCGCUGGUGCUCGCGGAAUCCAAGGAGAACGAGGUGGUCGAGGAGCCCGUGGACCGCCAGGACCACCAGGACCAGCUGGACCUGACGGUAGACGAGGAUCUUGUUCGCAUUGUCCACAAGGGGUUCAGGAGCCUAGAGGAGACUCAGCUUUUUCGGGAUCACAGAUUUACGAAGAGGAACAACGACCAACUACAUCGACUACAACUUCGACUACAACUUCUACAACAACAACAACAACUGAAGAACCAUUGAUUAUUUAUAAUUCUCCAGCUGUUAUCCCACAAACAAUCAAUUAUCCAGAUACAGUAUACCAACCAUCACACAAACAUAAUGGAGAUGUCAACGCGGCUUAUCCAGCUAGACAAUACUCUUCAAAAACAGCCAGCUUCCGAGGACCACUCAGUUCGGCAAAAUCAUUCGGGUAUUCAAAUGAGCAAUUGUCCGCGUUCUCACCACCAACGUCGACGUUCGUUGGAGCAAACCAGAGACAAUUCCAAACAAGCAAGGUUAGUUUGAGGGAUGAUAGUGUUCUGAGUUCUGCGAUCAGAGGAAUUUUAGAAGCUCGGAAAAUUUGUAUCGGCCUAAAGUUAAUCGGGAAUCUUGGAUUUCAGGAAAAAAAGUGUUUUCUUUAUCUGAAUCUUCUGGGCUUUUCUGACCUGGCCUAGUUAGUUUUCUUUAGUUCUUUUGAAAACAAAGUUGUUGAGAUGUUCGGAGCAUCUCUCGAUGAGCAAAUAAACAAACAAACAAACAAGGUUUUAACACGACCCAACCAUCAUUUUCCAAUAUUUUUAUAUUUCUUAGGGAUACAAUGUUGCAAUUAUGGGAAGUGAAGGAUACGAUGCCUCGCCGGUCUCCCAGACAAAUUGGAAUAUUCCAUCAUCAGCAUCAAAAUCUCAACAACAACAACCACUCAAAUAUCUUCAACCACCAACUUAUGCAUGA